AUGGACGUGGGGAGCGCACUGUGUGCACCAAACAUUAGCAGUCCGAGGGAAUCCUCUGGAAGGACUCAAACAGAGCUGCUGCAGCUCACACACGCCUUCCUGUAUGUCCACCACGGAACUCCCACCUGGGCGCUGCGUUCCCUGGGACCCAGCGGCGGCCCUGGUGCUGCCAACCGACCACCUUUGCUGCAGAAGUGCGGGCAGGAUGCUUGGGGGGACGACCAGCUGGCGUGUGGGGAGAAACUUCGCAUUCGGGAGAGCUCUGAGCAGCUCUUGGUGGAAAGUUCGUCCACGGACAGCAUUUAGAUGGAGGUGGAGCGGAUCCAAUAGCGAGAUGAGCCGAAGCAAGAGAACAGCAGCAGGGGUGAAGGCCAGCUCCCACUAGGAGAAGCCAAAUCCCAGUGGCUGCAGGACACAGGCCUGUAAGGCCUCCUCGGUGGCCAGAGCUUGGACAAUGAGCACCAGGGGCUCCCAUACACCCUGACAUCGACCCAGGAGGUUGCUGUGUGCUGCCGGCUGGACAUCCGUGUCUGCUCAACCGGAAGACAACACAAAGCACCUGUCAGAGAUGUCAGAGACAUCUUUGGCUUCUUCAGCUCAAUGAGUAAUAGGAAGAAGAGCAUUGGAGCCAUGGGUGGCACCGCCAAGGGUGGAGACAGAUGGGGCAAAGGAGAGCAACAAAGGACCGGAAUAGAAGCGAUGAUAAGAGGUCCGUGCAGUGUUCCCACUCCUUCAGCCCCUUCUGUUGGAAUGCAAAAGUUUAGGAUUCCCAAAGGCAGAUUUGGCCUGACCUGGACAGGAGACUUGUCCCUGCAGGAUGUGCAGAUCCCUGCUCUGGCCCUCAUGGAGCUGAUUGUGCUCUGUGUGGUCUGUGGCUCAGUGAAGAGGAACAAGGCAGGGAAGUGGAAGGCAACAAAAACGUGGCUUUUCAGGGUGCCCCUUGAUGUCCUGCUAGAAGCUGAUCGCAAAGCCCUCCCAAGCACCUGGUCCUUCAAGCUCUGCUGUCCUAUUUUGGAAAAGAGAGAGCUGGACACAGAAGGCAUUCUCAGGGUGCCCGGAUCCCAGGCCAGGGUCAAGGGGACGGAACAAAACCUGGGGAGAGAUUUCUACACUGGCCUUUUUAGCUGGGACAAGGUUCACCCCAAAAUGUAUCCCCAAGAUGUGCUCAAAAGGUUCACCCGGGAGCUGCCGGAGGCUCUGCUCACUGCUGCAUUCCUCCCGGCCUUCCCUGUGAUGCCAAACAGCCCCGACCUGAAGCAGUACCUGCAGGCCCUCCACCUGCAGCGGAUCCUCCCAGAACCCAGCAGACAUGCCCUGAGGGCACUCCUGAAAUUCUUCAGGAAGGAGGCGGCCUGAGAGCCAAGCAAGAAGAUGACUCUAAAGAACAUUUCCAUGGUGAUGCCCCCAAAUUUCCCCCCCAAACUCCCCAAGGGCAAAGAGAAGCAUUUGGCAGAGGGGGUGGCUGAGGUGGUGCAGAUGUGUGUGCACUACCAGGACCUGCUAUGGGCAGCGAGUGCUGUGGCUCCACCAUGGGUGGAAGGGAUGAAGUGUCGAUCCUGGAAGGGCUUGGGCCUGGUAGCUCUGCUCAGCCUUCCAGCCCAGCUCAAGAGCGAGAGCGUGGAUGGCCCGGCUCCUCCCCCACGCGGUGUGUUCUUGGGGACACCUCUGCCUGAGUGUGCCAUCGAGCAGCUGUCCCACAGCACCAGCUGCCCCACAGCACACAGCACGUACCUGACCCUCCUCCUCCAGGUGCUCGCGACCUGGCUGCCGGGCCCGGCGCUGCCGAUUCGGCCACCAGGGGGCGCGCCUGCCCCGUCCGAGCGGGCGAGGAGGAAACGGGGCGGGACUCCCAAAGUGGCAAAGAUCCAGGUGGCCUGGCCUAUCACAGAUCCUCUGGAGGUGCCCCUGACUCCCAGCACUGAACUGGCCCGUGUCCCCAGGCGGUUCACAGAGUGGUUCAGUCCUGGCUCACAGGGUCAAGAAGGCAGUGAGGACAUAAACAGCCUCCCCUCCGUGCACAGGCCUGUGAAGGCAGCGGACAUCCUCCUCUGGGAAGUUGGAAGAAAUAUCUCUGAACAUCACCUGGCCUCAGGUGCCUACCCCUUAGAUCUGUAUCACGCCAACCCCUGUGGCGAGUGGGUCAUUCAACAGAGCCUCACCUAA